GUUGCGUUAAGUUAUAUGCUACCAGGCAUGCAUAAUCAUUUGUCCUUGCAAAUGUUGCCACUGCGCCAAACAUAAGGUCUCUAACUUCUCGCAAAGCCUGUUUCUACAGUGUUACCAUUUGGGAAAAAAUGGUUCAAGUUCUAAUGUAGCAGAUGAAUAUUUGGACUCCAUCAUUGGCGAAACUUUGGAAAGAGAGAUUAAGAAUAUGAAGCUGGAUCCAGCGCCUUUGCCAGAUUUUGGCAUCCCUUUUAAACAGAUUGGUCCAAUACCUGUGUCAGGAAGAGUGGAUUACCACAAUGGCAUUUUCAAUGGUCUUUCCCGCAUUCGCAGAUUCAGGCAGUGCGAUGGUCCUUCCAUUAACAUUAACGAAGUCAAGAUGGAAUGUGUGAUGAACUUCUUUGGCAUGAACACUGUCUACGAUGGCAAGGCAAGAGUAGAACAGUUUCCACCAAUACCAUUCCAAGUCACUGCGUACAUCAAUGAAACAAUUGUCCGAUCCGCAAUAGCCGGGCAACCAGCAAGUCUGAAAGGACAACUGAAAGCUUUUGAAAUUGAAAAGUUUGGUGAUAUUAACGUCAGGCUAUCAAAUCUUGGACCUUUUCAGUAUAUAUAUAAUAUUGUGGAGGAAGAAUUUAGGGAACGAGUAAGAGAAGAGAUAAUUAGCAUUAUAAUAAGUCAAUUUCCAGUUGCUUUUAAAAAAGCUAUAACACAAGCCAGACUUCCAGGUUUAGGAGGCAGACGUUGAUUAUUUCCUACCGAUUCCUACCAACGAUCUAUAAAAGGCAAAGAAGUCUGUAAUAAAAUCUCCCGAUUAUAUAAAAAGGAGUAUUUACAUAAAAAUUGAAAAAUAAAAUAUGUGAAAUCAGUUUAAAUGCAUUAAAGAAACUAAGGAUAGCUUAAAUUAUUUCAGUAAUAUUUUUGUUGGACUAGAAUAAAAACAGAAGAUUUCUUGAUUUUUAUUUUAAUGGGUGAACAUAGCACACGCAAGUUCGCUUCAGCUAUCAUUUUAAAGUCUCUUUUUUUUCAGAAUACUUAUUUUAAUGAUAAUUAAUACAGGACGCAUUUAAUCUGAAUUUAAUUACCUCUAUUCUUUUUCCAUUUUUGAAUUACUUUUGACAGGUAUGCAUAAGGUAUUCAUUAACUUAGUUUAAUACUUUAAAGUUUUCCUCUAACAAAUCUACAUUAAUUAUAAAUAAAUAACAAUAAAACUGGUGUAAUAGGAGCAUAUGACGACCCCAUAUGAAAUUUUAAAAUAUCUGAGAAUACAUAAUUAAUUCGAUUGUAUCGAUUUUAAGAGAUUUGAUAAAAAUUUUCCUUGUUAGCCCAAGUGGGCUAGUAAUCACGAAACAGGAUUUUGCGUUGAAUCACUAUAACUUGUAUAUCGCGUUUCAGACUGUUGCCAACAAAUAUUAUUGUUCUGUGUAAUUUUUAAAUAAAUUAAGUAAUGAAAAAUC